AUGGUCAUAGAGAACACCCUGAACAAUAUCGAUGAGGAUGGAGCUGCUGGAGAAAGCGAGCAUCAUCGAUUUUGGGUAUUAUGUUCGCUGAUUGCUGAUGGAGUCUUCUUUUUGGCAGCAAACCGUGUCGAUAAUCGGUUCGUUCAAGGCAUGGUCGGCACAUAUGAGCAACGUAUUGGCUACGCUUUCUACCUGCACGUGAUGGGCACAGUCUGUUGGAUGAUAGCGUUCAUUUGUGCGAUCACCACCACCUACAAGUUCAUAAAUGUCAGGGAUUCACGUGGCAGCAAGGAAAAUCUAUUCACAUGGCAAUCGCAACGAGCCGCCACGCACAACGUCAUCAUCCAAGGACCCAUUCUCAGCUACUACCGUAAAGUCAAGGAUGUACACACGAUGAUUUUGGCCUCUCGUUCCAGUCAUGAAUUACGAGUACCACGUGAAGAACCGCUACUCUCCAAAUAUCCACCAUCAUCUUCACAAGCCUAUCGUCCAUCACCUCAACCCGCGUUCAGGCCUUCACCUAUUAUGCCUAAUUAUCGAGAGACAAGUGCCUAA